CUAUCCAAUGCUUAACUGAUGAUGCUGCUGAUCUAUUUGGGAAGUUGGCUGGCUCUCAACGAGAAGCCUCCUCUCAAAGGCUGUUUCACAUUGCAAAUAUGCACAGAGCAGCCUUGGUGUAUGUAUAAUAGAAGAUCCAGUUCCUUCUAAAGCUGGUGCAAAAAAUGGAUCCCAGAUCUCAAGUCACCCUGUCCCUGCUGCUGUCCCAGGUUCUGCUGUUUGCCUUUGCUAGAGAUUUUGACUGCAUCCCAGGAUUCCAAGAGAAGAUUUACUAUAUUGAGCAGCAAGGAGAAAUUUUCAAGGACCAGCUUCUUCUGAAUGUGCAGUUUGAUGACUGCCAAGGUAAUGAAGAAGUACAAUAUGAAGUCUCCAACCCGGAUUUCAAAGUGGAACCUGACGGAUCAUUAAUUGCUUUAAGAAAUGUGACGGGAAACAUCCGGGUUUUGUUCAUCAACGCUCGUUCCCUUCACUCUGAUGAUAUGGCAGAGGUCAAGAUUCUGGGGAAAAAGGACAGACACAACUCAAUAAAGAACGUGCUCAAAGCUCCAAGACAUCUUGCACUUUUAAGACAUAGGAGAUCAAUUUUGGCACCCCCUAUUUCAAUUCCGGAGAAUCAGAGGACACCAUUUCCAAAAACUAUUGGCAAGGUUCUGGUGAGUGACAGGAUACAGGGAUCCAAGUUUCGCCUGUAUGGAAAAGGUGUGGAUGAGGAUCCAAAAGGAACAUUCAGGAUAAAUGAAAAUACUGGGGAAGUCUUGGUCACUAAAGCUCUUGACAGAGAACUCAUUCCUUCUUAUCAGUUACGAGUAGAAAUCACAGAUGAGAGUGGAAAAACGAUUGAGGGUCCUGUUGAUCUGGAGGUCAUGAUCAUUGAUCAGAAUGACAACCGACCAAUCUUCAAAGAGGGCCCAUAUGUUGGACAUGUUCUCGAAGGGUCUCCAACAGGAACCAUAGUAAUGAACAUGCUGGCAUUCGAUGCAGAUGACCCCACUACAGAUAAUGCUGUCCUCCGCUACAACAUUCUCAAGCAGACGCCCGAUAAACCAUCACCAAACAUGUUCUACAUAGACCCAGAAAAGGGUGACAUUGUGACAGUGGUGUCUCCAACUCUGCUAGAUCGUGAAACACUGAUAGCUCCUCAGUAUGAGUUGAUAGUGGAGGCUAAGGACCAGGCAGGCUUGGAUGUGGGAUUAAUCGGGACAGCCACAGCCACCAUUGUCAUUGAUGAUAAAAAUGACCAUCCACCUGAAUUUACCAAAAAAGAGUUUCAAGCUACAGUAAAAGAAGGGGUGACCGGUGUCAUGGUUAAUCUGACUGUCAACGAUAAGGAUGACCCCAACACUGGUGCAUGGAAAGCCGUCUACACCAUCAUCAAUGGAAACCCUGGGCAGAGCUUUGAAAUUCAUACGAAUCCCAACACAAAUGAGGGGAUGCUUUCUGUGGUUAAGCCAUUGGACUGUGAGAUUUUGGCAUUUCACACUCUGCUAAUCAAAGUUGAGAAUGAAGAUCCUCUUAUCCCAGAUGUUGGCUAUGGGGCAAGUUCUACAGCCACAGUUCAGAUCAAUGUAAUAGAUGUGAAUGAGGGUCCAGUGUUUCAGCCUGAUCCAAUGAAAGUGUCAACACAAGAAAACAUUCCAAUCGGAUCUAUGUUGUUUACAGUAAGCGCUACAGAUCCAGACACUCUCCAGCAUCAAACAAUACGGUUCUCCAUGCUAAAGGAUGAUGCAGGCUGGCUCUCUAUUAACCCAGUAAAUGGAACAGUCAACACAACAGCCCCACUUGAUCGAGAAUCCUCAUUUGUUCAUAACAGCACGUACACUUCUUUGAUCCUAGCAAUAGACAAUGGCACACCUCCAGCAACUGGUACAGGAACAUUACAAAUUACAUUAGAAGAUGUUAAUGACAACGCACCAUAUAUCUACCCGACCUCAGCAAAAAUGUGUGAAGACUCGAAAGACCUCAACGUCAUCACUCUAGGAGCAUUGGAUAAAGAUCUUCGUCCGAAUUCUGACCCUUUUAAAUUUGAAUUGGGGAAACAAUCCAUGUCAGAUAAAUCCUGGAAAAUCACGCAACUGAAUAGUACACAUGCACAAGUCAGCCUUCUUCACAAUCUGAAAAAAGCCAACUACAUUCUACCAGUGGUGGUGACGGACUCGGGGAAACCUCCUUUGUCAUACAGUGCAGAUGUCACGGUUCAAGUGUGUUCCUGCAAGAAGGGCAAAGUAGACUGCAGUUCAGCAGAUGCCCCACACGUCAGCAUGGCUAUCAUCCUCAUGUUUACACUCUACAGCCUGUUUUGUCUGUGAGCACUGAGAACUUUUUGCACUGGCUAUCACAUCGCCAUGGAAACAAGAAGAGGGGAAAGUGGAAAAAAAAAAUGUAUAUCUGAAAAAUGCAGUAUACAAUUUCUUCAAGAUCGGGCCUCAACUGCUCCAGACUCUGUUUAAUUUGCAACCUCAAUUAGUCUAUAAAAUGGUACACCAGUCCUUGACAGCUUCCGGUUCUGCAUUCUUUGUAUUAAUGGAUCCCUGCUGAAGAUACCAGUGCUUAUAAAAAAAAUUGUCGGAAAGACAAUGAGAACAUUAUUUGGACUGCUCCUCAAGGCUGAACACACUGAUCACAUACACACAUGCACACAGUUUGUUUUUACUUUGUUGUACUGAUUACCGAAUCUAAAACAGUUUGUCUGUCAGAUUUGUGUGUACGUGUGCUUAAUUUUAAUACAGAUGAGACCCCCGCCCCUAAACCCAGACACGGCUCGUGGCUGUGUGCAGUGUGUUUCGAGUCAGCAUGUUGUGUGCAUUGAACCGAAACACUUCCAGAGAAAUACAGCGAAGGAAUACUUAAUGGGUUCAUGUUAAUAAGAUUACCAAUCAGUAUUUGACAAGAAGGCAGCAAUGCAAAGCUGGGAUGGUGAAAUAACACAUUAAGGAUACAUUCACACUGCAAAUAAAAUGUAAUAAGAUUCCACUUAAACACAUUGUAAGCCUGUCAGAAGUAAUUAGAGGAUAUUAACCCCUUCCUUUGCAGAGGACGAUUGUAUCAAUUAAUAAGCAGACCAGUUACCGAAGAUGGAAGGCAAUGUGUUUAAAGGUACAUACGUCCCAUGAUUGCUAAGCUUGCUUUAACGCAUUUCACACAUCAUAAACGUGUGAUUCUCUGCAAGAAUAUCCAUGUUUGCAAAAAGGUGGUCUGGCUUCUUUUUUGGUGCUUUAGGGUCUACAAAAUAUUACUUCUAAUAGGUCUGUGCAAUCUUGUGACAUAGAAGGUGUUCUAAGAAUAUGCAAUUGUGUCUUCAGAAAAAAAUAGAGUUUGACAAGCGCAGUUUACUAAAUGAGUAUCUAUAAAAAUGUAAUAUAGAUGAUAAUAUAUAUAAAAACAGUAGAUGAAAUAUUUUAUAAUGAAAAUCUUAAGGCAAGUCUGUCACCUGGGUCUACUUCAGCUUUUAUUUUACUAUGUAGGUAGUAAGAAACAGGUGCCUCAGGCUGUGCUUUACCUGUCAGAUAUCUUAUACAAACUUGUCAAUUGUUCCAUUUUUCUUGGAACUGUUCAUCAAACUGGGAUGGAAAGGAUCAGUAUUUGUAAUAAUAUACAUUGUUAGGGAGCUUUCUAGUUUGUUCUUUAGUCGUUCCCAGUGCAAUAGGGUGCAGCCUACUUUAAAAGAAGCUGAGAAAAGAAUGGGUUCUCCUCAUAAUUCUUUAGCUAAGGUUUAUGUUACUCAAAUCAGAAAAAAUCUCUGGAAGAAACAAAUUAAAAACUAAUGCCUUCAGAAUCUUUAAAUGGAGUGGUAGCUUACCUUUCCUUCACCCAGGUGAAAAACUCCAUGUGUGGUAUGGCGGGUGUGAUGAGAGCAGAUGUUGUUACCCUAGGGGCAGAUGGCCUUACCCCCUUGUAUUUGUGAGGCCAGGGCGUGGUUUAGCCUAAAACCACCUGAAGGUAUACCACUGGAUCCUGGGCUAGGCACGGGGUGAUAAAGACUCCGAUGCUAAGUUCUGGACAGCUUUACUGAGGGUGAUAGUCCUAUUUCAUAUACCCUAGACAAUCAUAAGCAGUUGUUAAUGCACCCCUUGAACCAAGCAGUCAGUAUGGGGAGAUUUAUCAAAACCUGUCCAGAGGAAAAGUUGCAAAGUUGCCCAUAGCAACCAAUCAGAUCGCUUCUUUCAUUUUUCAGAGGCCUUGUUAACAAUGAAAGAGGCAAUCUGAUUGGUUGUUAUAGGCAACUGGGCAACUUUUCCUCUGCGCAGGUUUUGAUAAAUCUCCUCCCAUAUGUCUCACCUAGCUAUGAUCCUAAGUGAGCAAGCUGCUUACCCUAAUUUCCCUACCCCACCCAUGGUCCAGAAAGCUGAGAUGCAUUGAGCUGUUUAAUGGCUUAAGUGGCACAGAGAAAAAAAAAAAAAAAACACAA